AUGCCUGGAGUUCCAUCAGGACGCGGUUGCGAUGCGUGCAGGAAACAGAAGAAAAAGUGCGAUCAAGGACGGCCUUCGUGUGCGCGAUGUACUCGACUGAAUAUACCGUGUGUCGGCGCGGGCGUGCAGAGAUUCAAGUUCAAGCAAGAGCAUGUCUUUAACACCAGCCAGAAGAGCCAGCAGAGCCAGUCGAAGACCCUGACGACCAGGAAGAAGCCCGCUGCCAGACAGCUGCCGAACUUCGAGGCCAUCAUCUUUGUCGAAGAGAUCCCCCGGCUACCCGUUAACGGCGUGACGGCGCUGCGGAAUAGCUUUAUCGAGACGUUGAAGCCGACAACCGACCUGAGAUACAACCUGGCCUGGUCAUUUGGCGGCUUUCUGGCGGACAUUCCACGGCGGCUGGGGGUCAAUGAAGCCCUGGACUCGGCGGUACAGGUGCUGGUCGAGUCGCAUCAGGAUUUCUGCGCCGGAUUGGGGGUUACUUCGCGGAUGCUGGUGGGAUACUCGAGAGCGCUCAGGAUGCUCAGGUUGUAUCUCGAUGACCCAGUCAAGGCGCGGGCGUCUGAGACUCUCUGCUCGGUCAUGGUCUUGUUGAUGUGCCAGCGCUUUAUCGGUGUCAGUGAAGGCGAUUUUACAGGCCACUGCGAAGGCGCUGCCCAGCUGUUAAGGGCCAGAAGAUACUAUGAUCCAAAAGACGAGUUUGAAAGCAAACUAGUCCUCUCGCUGCGAGGACCGGUGGUCUUUGAAGGACUUCUAAACCAAAAGAUUCAGUUCACCCCCGAAGAAUGGAAGACGCUGGUGGAAAACCAUCUCGACGGAGUGACUCCUGAAGGUAGGAUGAUGCGUAGCGUUGCCAAAGUGCCUGGCCUUUUAAACCGAGCUAGAAAGAUCCGCAAGGACGGAGGGACAGAUGAGAAUCUUUUAAUCGAUGCGCUGGCAGCAUACCACCUGGCCAAAGGGGCGGCAGACGAGUUACGAAUAAAGUACAAUAAGGCCCGGUUCCCGAAAGAGGGCCAAUUUUCAUUCAAAGACCCUAUCGUCAUGGCCCACUCGUUCUAUCAACGCUCGUUUGGCUUGAGUCUAACCGUUGCUAUCAUUCUCAGCUGUGUGGUUACCGGAAUUGACCCGGACAACGCUGUUGUCGUAGACCCGUCGACAUACAUUGACGAGAUUCUUGAAAUUGCGGGCUCUGCGACAAUAUACAGGCCGUUGGGAGCAAGUUUCGUGCCCAUGUGUUUGAUGAUGGCUUGGAUAUCCACUGGGGAUGUUACGAGACGGGCAACCAUUGAAGCCGCUUUAAAAGCGUAUGAGAAUGACUAUGCAGAAGGACAGGCUGUCGUGAUGUCACCGAGAGUCGAGCAGAUAUCGCGCCAGCUACGCUUAGUCGACUUGGAUGUUUGA